CCUGUGAAUGGAGCCGCUCUGAAGUCUGGCCCUCAAUGUCCCCGUCAAGGGUACGGCACCAUGUCGCGCUGGGAGGAUUUCGCUGCACCACUCUGCACCUGGCUCCAUCCCCAGCUUACGUUGUUCCCCAGAGAUGGAGAAUUUCCAGUACAGCAUCCAACUGAAUGACAGGGACUGGGCGGAGUUUUACUCGGCUGCUGAAGAAUGCAGCUUAAUCCCGGCUGCCCUGGCCACGGCGGAGGAGCUGGGCGUCAGUGACAUUGAGCAAGGGGACGGCGAGGCCAGCAGCCCCCGCACCGCCAGGCUGAUCACAGUGAGGGCAGGCAGCACGCCAGCUCCUGGCCCGGGACCCUGCCCCCCACAUGGGGUCCCCGGAGAGACCGCCCGGCCCCGGCCCAUCCCUGGGCACCUGUUCCUGGAGGAGGUUCUGUCAGGCUGCGAGGAUGAAAUGGAUCUGGGCUCAGGCAGGAGGGUUCUGUGUGAGAGCGACACACCCGGAUCCCCCCAGCAGACUCCGCUGAUGCCCAGCGCCCAGGACAGGCAGCUGCCUUGUUUCUCAGGGGCCGGCUCUGCCGGACCAGCUAGCCAUGCCAUGGAGAAGCCGCUCCAGGCCCAGGACAGCUCCCGCGAUGAAGUGGGCCAGGCCUCCCCGUUUGCUGUACAGGCAGGACGGGGUCUGGCCGUAGUACCCCACGGUCACCUGCCAGAAGGAGCUCCACAGGAGCGGGAAUUAUCAGGGGAGCAUCUACAAGGCAGCCCAGAGAAGGCAGAGUCUGAAAGGCCAGUUCAUGCAGCGGAUGUGAGCUCCCCAGCGCUGGCUGCUUCAGGGGGGAUGGAGAAGCCAGCGGAGGAAAAGGCCAACUGGUCUCUCUGUUUAGAGCCUGGGCUGCCAGACCCAACCGGUGACAUUUCCCAGAAUCCAUCUGCAGAGCCCCUGCAGCCAGCGUGUUCCAGAAUACCAGGGGAGAGCCGGCCUGCUGGGAAGAAUCCAGGGGAGCGUUUGGGUCUUGGUCAAGCCUUGUCUGCUCCGGGCUCCCCUGGGGACUCUCCAGAUGUUGUGCAGCCCAGAGGGCCUGUGCACCAGGGAACGCCCACAGCUGCGGUGACACCAUCACACGCGGCCGUGGCACUGCAAAGCUCGACUCUAGCUAUAGAGUUUUUAACCUCCUCUGCCCUAUCGCGAGAGAGCAAAGGAGAGGGAAUAGUGGCCAAACCAGCUCUUGGGGGGCUGGAGGGUGAGGAUGAAGCUCAGCGAGGUGGUAUCCUGACCUGUGGCAUGCUGGGGGAUGAGGGGCGAGGGUUGGCACUGGGGGGUCAGGCCGUCAGCGCUCCCAGGAGCAAGGCGGUGAAAGGCCCUGCAGUGCAGCCCUUCCCAGGGGAACUGAAGAAGACUAGUCAUGCAAGGCCAAAGCAAGCAACUGGUUUAGGAAUCCAUGAGAACAUGUCGUUGAAUCAGAGCAGCAAACCCACUGCAUCACAGAGAGAGGAGUGCAGGAGCACCACUGGGAAGGCACUGCGUCUUGGAAGCACGGUGGCGGUUGCAGGGGAUGCUGAAGAUGGAGCCCAGGGAAGGCAGAGAUCUGGGCUCCUAGGAGGGAUGUUUCCUCAUCAUUCAGCAGCUGAGGACUCUCAGGAGGGGGCCAUACCUGCCCUGACCUGGCCGGAGAUGUAUGACUAUUUUUUCUGUGACGCCCAAGAGCAGGGGGAGGAGAUGAACAACUUGGGUGGGGCGGCGAAAACGCCCAUAUCUCCCUGUGAGAAGGAGCAGGAGGUGCCUGAAAUGUACGGGCCUGAGAUGUAUGAAUAUUUCUUUAAUGAACCUGAAGAAAGUGGGGGAGGAGGCAGCAAAGACACCUUUGUGGAGCCAGACAGGAUCAGCACCUUGGAGCAAACUGCCUCACCGUGCGAAAGCCAGGAGGACCUGGGCUCGACCAUAGCCGGAGAGCCCAGCGGUGUUAUCUCCAUCCCCGAGGUUUACGAACAUUUCUUUACAGACGGAGCAAGCGGCAGGAGGAGCUGGGGGCGGAUCUUCCUGCGCAUGCCGGCCUUGGAGGCAAGAAAAGCCAUGACAGCUUUGAAAUCCUUCCUGCAAAAGCCAAUGUGCCUGGUCAGAUGCAGCCCCUCCGACCGCGGGGUCCCGGGCCCACGAAGUUCCAUAAAGAGGCUCUCCCUUCUCCAGCUGAGGCCUCCCGGGAGAAUCCAGCUGAAGCCAGAGGAUUUAGGGAUGGCCCCUGCACUAGCAGAAAGGCCCCAUCCUCCCCUAGCUCUCACGCAGGAGGACAUGUGCCUGGUCUUCGUUGCCUUUGCAUCCUGGGCCGUGAAGACGUCAGAUCUGCAGGCUCCGGACGCGUGGAAGACUGUGUUACUGGCAAACGUCGGCACCCUCUCUGCCAUCCGGUACUUCAGACGGCAGGCCAUCGAAGGACGACACGGAACCUAGACACUCCCGCGUAGCCCAGCCAGGGACACGUCCCGCGGGCCCGCGAGGAAGAGUCCGAGGGACGACACUCACUGCACCUUGCCCUUUGGCAAUAAAAUGACUGUUUGCCAAUGGGUCCAGUGGAGACCUGGUUCUGGAAUCCAGGCUGCAGAGUUCUGGCCAGGCACAGGGUGCGAGGAAGCAAUGAAAUCUGACAUGUAAUCUGUUUGUUAUAGGCAUUAUAUGCAUUUUGUUGCACGGGGUAGAGUUAGGCCCAGUGCAUGCUGAUUCAAUUCUGCUCUCUGCCUCUGACUUGGUCAACAUAGCGACGGCGAUCGGGGGGUGAAACAUCCACACGCCUGACCGACGUAGCUAUGCCGACCUAGUCCCAGUGUAGCAACAGCUCAACCGAAGAAUGCUUCAGUCAACAUAGCUGCCAUCAUUCGGGGAGGUGGAGUUCUGCCAGUGUAGGCUGUGUCUACACUACAGAGUUAUGCUGAUGUAGGUAGGCUGGUAUACGAGGGGGCUGGAACCAUUUGUAGAGUGGGGGUGCCGAGAGCCAUUGAACCAAAUUGUAAACCCUGGAUAUAAUGGAAGUCACUUCAAGCCAGGGGGUGCUGCAGUACCCCACAACACACACACACACACUCUCCUAGUUCUAUCACCUAUGCAGGUAUAGUCCCUGUAGUGUAGAGAUUUUCUCUCACUCCUUUAAGUUCAGCGGUUUCACUUUGCUACGCUAUCUCCUAUGGAUAGUUAGGUAGCCACAUGCAUUGGUGUGUGUUCCAAGGGAAAUUGUAUCCAUUUGUCCCCUUCAGCUGGAAGGUGCUGGUUGCUGGCACAGGAGACUUUUGAGAGUGGGCAGCCACAAGGCAAAAGAAACCAGGGCAACUCCUCAGUCUUCUGGUGUCCACUGGUCCCGGCUAGCAAUGGGGAGGCUUUCUGGAAGGAAGGGAGAGGGUUUGGGGAACAAUCGACUCAUUGGCAGCUUUCAGGUUGGCUGCUUAGCCCCAGCCGAUCUGUGGAGCAGCAGUGAAAUUGGGAAUGUUUCCAGGUGACCUUAGACGGUGGCUUGUUUAGCAGAGUUCAGACCUUCGUGGCUUGGCUCAUGUCAAGGGAGUUCAUCCUCUCGGAGGUCAGUGUGUUCAUGCCAGUGGUGCAUUUCAAUGAGGCUGCAGUAGGAUUUGUGGAGCCAGUUCCCUGCUUUGCUGUGCCAGAGGCCGCCAGUUCAGUGCACUGGGGUGGGAAGAACCACGCAGGUAUGAUGCAUGCUGCUCCGACGGGGGAGGUACCAUUUGGCAUCAUUCAAUAAACGACUCCUCUGACCGGCUAUGCAGUAGCACUGAGGGGUCCUGCAAGGGGGCUGGUUUAACCCUUCUGGCCUGGAUGGAGUGAGGGCUUCAAGGUCAGAUUAUAUACAGGGGCUGGGGUUGGAGAGAUUACAAAUGAGGAGAGAUCUAAAAAGGCUCUGAUGGGGGAUGCAGAGGCUGGAGAAAGGUUCAGAUUGUAUAAGUAUUCAGAUGCUAGGACCACAGGUACUAAGCCCCUCAGUGGUGAUCAGGCCCCAGGGUCCAGAGACAACAGUAGGGACUUCUGCUUUAUGGCAUCACAGCAGGGGGGAGGGGGUUGAAAUUUGUGGGGGAGGGGCCUAGAAAGGGGCUUUGGCGAAGAUGUGACCAUGUGAGAGGACAGGCUGGUUGGUAGGUAUGAGACCUGGCUAAGGUUGCCAAUUUUGGUUGGACGUAUUCCUGGAGGUUUCAUCACAUGACAUAAUCUUUUAAUUAAAGAUGAAUCUUUAAUUCCUGGAGACUCCAGGACAAUCCUGGAGAGUUGGCAACCCUAGACCUCGCUGGAAUAUUGGCCCGACAAACAGGGAUCUAGUUAUUGUGCUGUUUGCUGCUGGAGGAGCCAUAGGCACGUGUGAAAAGUGUCCUCGGAAAGUAGGCUGGGGGCAGGGGCGGGUGCACUGAACAUCCAGGGGAGGAGGAGAGAGGACAAAGGUGCCUGAGAUCCGGGACUGAAAGGGGUGAAGUUCAAGAGUCGUGUGUUAAGGGUUAGUCACCCUAUAACAUCUCUGCAAAUGUGCCACAAGGGACCUUCUGUGAUAAUCUCAGAGCGCCCUCCUGUGCCCCAGAGGGGUACUGUGGCUAAUGUUGAGCUACUAAAUUGUCCCUGAGAUUUAGUCUUUGAUUCUGUUUUAGCCUUCUUCUUUUAUUGGUGUUAGGAGUUAUCCACAAUGUAACCACCAUCAUCUUGGUCCCUCUAAAGGGCUGAACGCAGAACAUGUACCACUCCAGGCCUGCACUGCUACACGUUGAGCUAAAGUCCUGUCUCUCCCAGGUGGGCGAUGUCGCCGACUCAUCUUGGUGGUUCGGGCACAUACAUAACACACCCUGAACAGUGGAUUGCAUUAGAAAACCCAGUCCUCUUCUCAACAAUGAGUUCACCAGAUAGGGCCAGUAGGAAAAAGUCUUGGGCUUGGUAGCCUUUGCUAACUUCACCACGCAGUCAGUCUUCCAUCUUACCCCCAUCCUUUACCCAUUUUCUGCCUACUAGGCUGCAAAUUAUCGGCGGCAUAGGACAAACAGGCACCGUGGGAGGUUCUGCCAGACAGCUCUGCCAGAGCACUGCGACCCCAGCGUGCCGUUCCCUCUGUUUUUCGGGGAUGGUCUAUGCAAUCUAAUCAAUUUUUGUUCAUCUCUGAUUUCUAUAAUUCCAGCCUCAAAGCACAUAGACAUCAGUCACUGCAUCUCAGUAUCUCGUCGCACCAUCCCAGCCCUACCUUCUACAUAGGUGCUGGAACGAGGGGGGCAGGGGUGCUACUGCACCCCCUGGCUUGAAGCGGUUUCCAUUAUAUACAGGAUUUACAGUUUGGUUCAAUAGCUCUCCACACCCCCACUAUACAAAUUGUUCCAGCCCCCCUGACCUUCUAGCCAGAGACCCUUUCAAAUAUCAGAUGGUGUCAAACGGCAAGGACAUGUGGUCAAAAGCCAAUGAGGGACAUAGGCUGAGGCCAGCUAGCACGCUCAUCACUGUUGUUCUGCAGCCUUUGGGGGCUUGAUAACUGCAGGUCAUCAGCACACUGUCCAACCAGUCCCCCACCCACGAACUCCUGACCACCCCUUCCCUCCAUGGGAAAUAACGGAGCCAUGAAAUCCUCAUAAGCCUUACUUGUCUUCGGCGCUGGUUCCUGAAUCUGUUUUACGAACUAAGAGAUGUUUAGAUAGUCCCUUGUAUUACGUAGUGUCAUGGCGUUUUAAUGUUACUUAUGGGGGGGAUUUGCGGCGCUGUCUUUAAAAUCAUGCCCUAUUAAAUAUAAAAGAGUGAGCUCUAUAGCAGUAAAAGGAGACAGUGGUGGAUACACACUGUAUAUAAAUGGAGUAUAUUAGUUGUAUAUAUGAAAUAAAUCUCAGAUAAUUUUUGGCUGAA